AUGUCACUACUGUUUGCCACAUCGAGUGACCGACGUCCAGAGGCCGUAAUAGCGACGUCGCCGAUUUUCUGGGUGUCUGGGCUUAUAACGCCAUUGUAUGCCCUUCACCUUGGGAAGACGGCCUGCAUACUUCCCAGCUUCGACGAGGAUACGGUAGCACGCGUCUUGGGCGAGUACAACAUUUCGAGCUUGUUCAUGCCUCCAAACUUGGCAGUGACUAUUGCCAAGAACCCCCAAAGUCCCGUCCGAAAGAUGCUGCACCACAUCAAAAUCUUAUCAGUUGGAGGGGCUGUAAUGGACGCAGAGACUCAGCUAUUCGUUGAAAAGGAGCUUGGUAAGCGGGUCAGCCAGGGGUAUGGCAUGACAGAAGCUAUUGUCAUCAUGGGUGCUCAACCCGGUAGUGAUCCUCCACCAGGUUCCUCUGGAAAGCUCUUCUUCAACGUGGAGGCCAAGGUGGUGGACCUGGAGACGCAGGAGCCGGUGGGUCCCGAGCAGGAGGGCGAGCUGUGGGUGAAGUCCCCCGCGGCGGCGCUGGGCUACUGGAACAACCCGGAGGCGACUGCCGCUGCCUGGGACAAAGAAGGCUGGUUCCACACGGGGGACGUCGUGCGCUACGACCGCGACGGCUACUUCUACGUCGUGGACCGCGUCAAGCAGCUCAUCAAGUUCAGGGGACACCACGUGCUGUCGCCGCAGCUGGAGAACCUGCUGAUGUCGCACCCCAGCGUGCAGCUGGCCGCCGUGGUGGGUGCGCCGCACCCCACCGACCAGGAGCACCCCACCGCCUUCGUCGUGCUGCGGCCCGGCGCCUCUGCCACCGCUGAGGAACUGCAGCGGCUGGUAGACGAUAAGGUGGCGGACCACAAGAAGCUGCGAGGCGGGGUAAGGAUCGUGGGGGAGCUGCCGCACACGGCCAGCGGCAAGGUGGCCAAGAGGGUCCUCAGGAGGUGGGCGGCGGGCGGCCAGUAGGAGCACAG